AUGGCGCAGACCACUCGUUCCUCAUCCCACGACGCCUACGAUGCCCGCCCAAGGGACAACGAUCCCCGCCCGGCCGCGGUGGAUGACUACUUCAAAGCACAUCUCCAUGCAGCAAGCUACAACGAUAGCUUAGAAGUAAUCCGCAACAACUCUCUGAUCGCAGGUCUCCCGGACAUAGCCUGUUCCUCAUCGCAAGCAAAACUACUCAUGCUUCAGGCCCGUAUGUGCAAUGCAAAGCGUAUCCUUGAGGUAGGCACACUGGGCGGGUACAGCGCCGCGUGGUUUGCGACGACUAGUCUCGAGACUAAAGUGACUACUAUCGAGUUGGAUAGUCAUUACGCCGAGGUAGCGCGGCAAAAUCUCGAGAAAGCUGGGUUGAUCGAGAAAGUUGAGAUCUUGCAAGGAUUGGCAGUUGAUGUUCUCCGGGGUAUCGAGGAACAGGUUCAGAGAGGAGAGAGGGAGAAGUUUGAUUUCGUGUUUAUUGAUGCGAAUAAGCAGGACAAUCUGGCUUAUUUCAAUGCCGCGAUGGGUAUUACCAGGGAUAGGGCGGUUAUCGUUGUUGAUAAUGUUGUGAGGAAUGGCAAGGUUUCGUCUGCCGAUGAAGCUGAGAAAGAUGAUCGCAUCAAGGGAACAAGGGAGCUGGUUGAGGCAGUUGGGAAGUUGGACACAGUUGACGCAACAGCAAUCCAGACGGUGGGAGAGAAGAACUAUGAUGGAUUUCUGGUUGCAAUGAAGAAGUAA